CACUCUCUCUCCUCUCCCUUCGCUUUUGGGGUGAAUUCGCACCUGCUAAUUUCACACUCCAAAUUCCAUCAUGAAGCUCGCCAAGAUUGUUCCCGCCAAGCUCUUCAGAUCGAAGAAAUGGCGCUCGGUUUCCAGAUCCGAGGCCGAGCCGUCGUCCUUCAGCUCCCAUACGACGUCCUCCUCCUCCUCCUCUGAGGACGGCGGCCUCAAGAGGCCGGCCGGCCUUUCUACGCCGACCAGCGUCCUCCCCUCGACCUCCGCCGGCAUGUCGACGGAGGAGUGGACAGAGAUAUCCGCCGCCGUCUACUUCGAGCUGAAGCAGGCGUUCGAGAUGAUCGACCGCGAUGGCGACGGGAAGAUCACCAAGGAGGAGCUCGAGUCGCUCCUGAGCCGGCUCGGCGCCGAACCUCCGAGCAAGGAGGAGCUGUGGCAGAUGCUCAGCGAAGUCGACCGCGACGGAGACGGCUGCAUCACGCUGGAGGAGUUCCACGCGAUCGGAUCGGCUUUCGCGCCGUCGACCGACAGCUCGGAGCUGAGGCACACGUUCGAUUUCUUUGACUCCGACCGCGACGGGAGGAUCACGGCGGAGGAGCUCUUCAGCGUAUUCAAGACGAUCGGCGACGCGCGGUGCACGUUAGAGGACUGCCGGCGCAUGAUAAGAGGCGUAGAUAGAAACGGGGACGGAUAAAAGGAGAGAACAGGCGGCUCCGUUGCUCGCCGAAGAGAAGCAGCACUGCAGCAGUGGUCACAGCCAUCUGGAGAUGCCGAGGAGCCUAAAAUCACCAAGAAACAGAGAUCGAUUUCCGGCUAUUUCCCCGGCCAACUCGAAGAAAAAUAGCAAGACUCAAGCCAACAAAACUUUCCCCAGCUGCAUCGGUGAAGCAGCUGUAUAUUUUAAAGAUAAGAAAAAUAAAAGAAAGAG